AUGAUAAAAAAUUAUAUUGGAAAUUUUAAAAAUCUAUUAAUAAAAAUUCAAAGAUAUAAUUCGGUUCAUUAUAGAUUUUAUUCUUCUGUUAAAGAUUAUUCAAUUUCAAAAACAAGGAACAUCGGAAUCAUUGCUCAUAUAGAUGCUGGUAAGACAACUACUACUGAACGUAUGCUAUAUUAUGCUGGGCAUACAAGAAGAAUUGGAGAUGUUGAUGAUGGAACUACUGUAAUGGAUUAUUUAAAACAAGAACGUGAAAGAGGCAUUACUAUAACUUCAGCAACAAUAACAUUCGCAUGGCGUAAUUAUCGUAUAAAUUUAAUAGAUACUCCAGGUCAUGUAGAUUUCACUGUAGAAGUGGAACGUAGUAUACGCGUUCUUGAUGGUGCUGUAACAAUUUUGGAUGCUGUUUCUGGUGUUGAAGCACAAACUCAAACUGUUUGGGCACAAGCAAAUCGUUAUAAUGUUCCUAGGAUUGCUUAUGUUAAUAAAAUGGAUAGAGUUGGUGCUAGAUUUGGUAAAACUGUCAAAGAAAUGAAGUAUAAAUUGGGAGCAAUACCUUUGGUUUGUCAGAUUCCUGUUAUGCAAAAAGAUAAUCGGGGAAAUGUCUUGUUUUGUGGUAUUGUUGAUCUGUUAGAUAUGCAAGUGUUGGAUUGGAAUAAAGACCCUAAAGGAUCUAUUAUAAAUAAAACGCCACUAACUGAUAAGUAUCCCAUUAUGGGAAUAUAUAAUGAAGCAAUAAAAGGUCGUUCAAGUUUAAUAGAAGCUUUAUCAGAAAUGGAUGAUAAUAUGUUAGAUUUAUUUUUAUCUGCAGAAGAUCAUAUGAAAAUUUCUGUAGAAGAUGCAAAGCAGGCAUUACGUAGAUUGACGUUGAGGGGAAAAGCUGUACCAGUUUUUUGUGGCGCAUCUUUUCGUAACAUUGGUGUACAGCCUUUAAUGGAUGCUGUAAUUGAUUAUCUUCCUUGCCCGUUGGAUCGUCCUGUUCCAAUUGCAAGUUUAUCCGGUGAUGAAUCUGUUGAAAUUCUACCGAAAGAGAACGAAAAAUUAUGUGCACUUGCGUUUAAGGUUAUACAUGACAACAAACGCGGUCCGAUGGUUUUCGUAAGAGUAUAUUCAGGUAAAUUAGAUAAUCAUAUGACUUUAUAUAAUACAAAUACUCAACAUAAGGAACGCGUAAACAAAUUACUACAAAUGUAUGCAAACGAUGUAGAAGAAAUUCCAUCAAUCACAGCGGGUAAUAUUGGUGUAAUAAUUGGUCUUAAGGAAACAAGAACAGGAGAUACAUUAAUUCAAUUUAAUGACUCACGGAAAAGUCUUCGAUUACAAACCAUUGAUAUUCCUGCACCUGUAUUUUUUCGUGUAGUAGAGGCUGCUGGUAUUUCUGAAGAAAAACCUUUAGAAGAAGCUCUUAAAAAUAUAUUAAGAGAAGAUCCUUCUCUUCAUGUGCAUAUUGAUCAGGAUUCCGGGCAAACUUUGAUAAGUGGUAUGGGCGAACUUCAUUUAGAGAUUGUUAAAGACCGUUUGUUAAAUGAUUUUAAAGUUAAAGCAGAAUUAGGAAAAAUGAGAAUAUCAUAUAGGGAAACUGUCAUUACUGAUAAAAUAGAUCAUACAUAUCUAUAUGAACGCGAAGUUAUGGGAAAAAGGGUAAAGGCCCAAAUUUCUUUAACUAUUACUCCACUUUAUGAAAAUGAUCAAGGAUCAUUUAAAGAAGGUGGAAAUAGAAUUACUUUAAACCUUUCAAAAAAAACAAUUGUAUCAGAUGAAUUAGAUCAAUCUAUAAAUAGCCAAGAAACAAAUGAAUUAAUAAAUCUAUCUUUUGAAGAAAUCUCUAAUGCUGUCUAUACUGGAAUAAUAUCUAGUUUAUAUCGAGGACCGAUACUUGGUUUCCCUAUAACGAAACUUUCGAUAAAUGUGCAUUCAUUACGUUUAUUUGGUGCAGAAUCGACUAAAACUGCAAUUAGCACAUGUGCUUCACAAGCUUUGACUGAUGCAUUAAAAGGUAGAAACCUUGUAUUACUUGAGCCUUUAAUGAAUGUAAACAUUGAUGUACCAGAAGAAUAUUUAGGUGUUGUCCUUGGAGAUUUGACAGGAACACGUCGCGGAAAUGUUUUGGGACUUGAAACAUCUGGAAAUGUAUUCGAUAAUUUUGAUAAUAAUAUCGAAAUAUAUGUUCCAUCGGACUCUACAUCCUUUUCGUCUAAUAAUAAUAAUGACACAGUUGUUAACCCAAAGAGAGUAAUACAUGCACACGUUCCAUUAUCUACAAUGUUGGGAUAUUCUUCUUCGUUAAGAUCGUUGACGGGUGGGACUGCGUCUUUUGAUAUGAGGUUAUCUUCUUUUGGAAUCAUGAGUGAUGAUCGAGCAAAAGCUGUUAUUCGUGAGAUGCAAGGUGGAUUCUGA